AUGGCAAAAUCAGAGUUUGUUCAAGUGGCUGAAUCGGGCUCCUUUUUUCUUGAGGUCGCUAAAGAUAUUAAAUGUCCUUCAGGCUGGACUCAGUUGGACUGUCACUGUUACAUGUACCAAAAUACCUCAGCGAACUUUGUAACUGCAGAGAUGGCCUGCAUUGAUUUGGGUGGAAAUCUGGCCUCCAUUCACAAUGAUCUGGAAAACAAAAUCGUUUUUCAACUGAGUCAAGAUGCGAAUCAAUCACGAGCCUGGAUUGGACUCCACGAUGCAAUUGUGAAUAAUGACUACAUCUGGACUGAUGGCUCUAUUCAGGAUUUCCUGAACUUUAAUUCGGGCGAUAAUGAGCCCGAUAACACUGACGCUUGUGUGGUGAUUGAUACAGCAGACGGGCUAUGGCAGGAUGAACUCUGUACGGACACAUACUCGUAUGUUUGCAUCCUGGAUGUGUGCCAAGGCGGAGAUCCGAGCUCUCCAGACUGUCCGGCUCCGGGUUCGGGUUCGGGUUCGGGUUCGGGUUCGGGUUCGGGCUCGGGCUCGGGUUCGGGUUCGGGUCAGCGGCGUUGA